CUUCAUAUCGAAUUAAAACACUUUUGCACUACAGCCUACAGGAGUCAGAGGCAUAUUGCGUGUGCCCACAACCGUCAGGCUUAGCCUGUGCCCGUUUAUAAUCGGCCUUAGAAAUCUGGGUCCAAUCAAACAAAGCCCAACAGCCCAAAAUAUAAUUCCUCCUAGUUUUGUUCUUUUUCUUCUUCGAUCUUCGAAAAUCUUCCAAUCUUUUCAACGAGAAUAUUGAGCAGGGACAGCACGAUGGUGACGUCAUCGAGCUCGUGGGCGCAGGCGCUGCUUCGGAUCUCUCCCUACACCUUCUCCGCCAUCGGAAUCGCCAUCUCGAUCGGUGUCUCCGUCCUCGGUGCCGCCUGGGGAAUUUAUAUAACGGGGAGUAGUUUGAUUGGUGCUGCCAUCAAAGCUCCUCGCAUUACCUCCAAAAACCUAAUCAGUGUCAUUUUUUGUGAGGCUGUUGCUAUAUAUGGAGUCAUCGUUGCUAUCAUUCUACAAACAAAGCUUGAUAGUGUGCCUACUUCAAAGAUUUAUGACCCUGAAUCCAUGAGAGCUGGCUACGCCAUAUUUGCAUCUGGAAUUAUCGUGGGCUUUGCUAACCUUGUCUGCGGGCUAUGCGUUGGUAUCAUAGGAAGCAGCUGUGCCCUAUCCGAUGCCCAAAACUCGACACUUUUUGUUAAGAUCCUCGUCAUUGAGAUAUUUGGCAGUGCACUGGGAUUGUUCGGUGUCAUUGUAGGCAUUAUAAUGUCGGCUCAAGCUACAUGGCCAACUAAGUGACUUCUCGUCAAUACCGUCCUUUAUUUAUCCUUGGUGUUUGUAACGUUUUCCAGUUUUCUUCAUUGUGUAGUUUAUGAAAAUAUAUAUAUUUUUUGAAAUUCUUUUUUUCUGGCACGCAACCUUGGCGAAUAUUUGGAGCAUCACAAUGUCAACUUGUGGUUUCUGUCUGUAAUUACUCCCAUUUAAUAAGAAAAAACUGUCCAUUUGAUA